CACAUUGUCAGAAUUCCAAGAACGAAUGCCAUGACCCUCGACCAAAAUCAUGCUGUCAACCAAUCCAACCAUGGCGGCGACCACUCUUCUCCUCCACCACCGCAACCAUUAUCGAAAAAUGCGCAAAAGAAGCUAUUGAAGCAACAAAGGUUCGAAGCGAAAAAAGCGGAGAAAAAAGCCGCCAUUAAAGAGGAGAAGAAACGACAAGCUGAGAGGAAGCGGAAAGAAUGGGAAGAAAAGCUCUCAAGUCUGCCACAAGAAGAGAGAUUGAAAAUGAUAGAGUCAAGAAAAGGGAUGAGGAAAGAACGGAUGGAUCAGAGGACGGAAGAGAGAGAGAGCAAAGCUCUUAGGCUUUCGGAAGCUAAGAAACACGGGCAGAACAUUGUUGUGGACCUAGAAUUCUCUGAUCUCAUGGCUCCUAAUGAGAUUCAUAGCCUCGUUAACCAGAUAAUGUAUUGUUAUGCGGUGAAUGGAAGAAGUAUGGUCCCUUGUCAUCUCUGGUUGACUGGCUAUGAGGGAGAAAUUGAAAGCCAGUUUCAAAAGAUUCCUGGGUUUGACAAAUGGAUAAUCGAGAAGCAUAAUGGUCCUUAUAUCAAUACAUUUGAAAGUGAAAAGGAGCAUUUGGUAUACCUGACAGCAGACUCAGAAACUAUGCUCUCCGAACUUGAUCCAAAGAAAAUUUAUAUCGUUGGUGGGCUUGUAGAUAGAAAUAGAUGGAAAGGGAUAACCAUGAAGAAAGCUGUAGAGCAAGGAAUUGAAACAGCAAAACUUCCAAUUGGGAACUACCUCAAGAUGUCUGGUUCUCAGGUCCUUACAGUGAAUCAAGUUAUAGAAAUACUUGUCAAGUUCUUGGAAACUAAAGACUGGAAGGCUUCAUUCUUCCAUGUGAUUCCACAAAGGAAAAGAGGUGAAWCUGAAGCACAAGGAUCUCAAGAAGAAGCUCAAGUGGAUGAGAAUUUUGAUCAAGAGAUUAAAAGGCAAUGCAUUGAAAACACAGAUAGCCUGUAGGUGUGACCUUCCAUUGUAACUUAUAUCCUACAGUACUGCUGAUGCAAAACAUUUCUCAAUUCCAGUUGGAUUCAUAUGUUGAUUUUGAGUUAAGCUUAAGAAAUCUUUUUAUAUUUACCAUAAAUAUGGAAUAUGACACCUGAAAUAGUAGUAUCAAAACAUUAAUCCUUGAUCCGUUGUUAUCUGCAAU